AUGUCAUCAAAUAGUAAUGGCUUUGAUUCAAUAAACUUAGCAUCAACUAUACAAUCAGGAUUGACCAGAAGGCCACAAGUACAUUCUAUUGUACCUGCUUCAACUUCAGAGGAAGAAGAUGAAGAAAACAAUAAAUAUGAAGAUGAUUUAUUAGAAGAAGAAGAUGAAAUAGAUCCCGAAGAAUUUAUAUUAAGUAACAGAGAAGACAAUCUGAUAAAUUCAAAUAGUCAAAGAAGAACAAGAACACCUAGUUCAUUACAAGAUACUUCGUUUUUAGAAGAUUCAAAUAUUUUAAAAUCAUUUGAUUCGAUGAAAGAUAGUAUUCUAAAUCAAGAUAACAAUAAAAUAUCUGCAAUUGAUUUUAAUAUUCUACCUAAUCAAAAUAAUAUAUCUCCAAUUGAAUUUCUUUCACUGAAAAUUAAACAACUAAGUGAGGAUUUAGAAAGCGAUUCAAAAUUGUACGAACAAUUUUUAAAAAAUGGAAAUUCAGUUAUUGAUAAAUUAAGAAAUAAGAUAUUGUUCAAUUUCAAUCAACUUUCGGAGUGUUAUUUGUCACUAAAUGAAUUAUAUUCUAAAGAGAAGACUUAUUCAGAAUCAUUGUUAAAAUCAUUUAAAAAUUGGGACGAUGUAAGGACAAAUAUAUUAGCCAAGGUCAAAUUAAUUAAAAGUGAAAAGAGUAAAUACGGUAAAAAAAUGGCAAAUUUGCUAAAUCAAUCUUCAGAAUUGGAUAAUGAAAUCGCAGAAGUAGAGUUGAAAUUAAAAAGUUUAAGAUUCAAGAAAUUAUUAUUAGAUAAAGAGAUUGAAGAUACAAGUUCAGUAUUAGAAAGUAAGACCGCAAAAUAUGUAAAUACAUUUAAGGAACUAGAAAUUCGAGGUAAAGAAGCUAUGACUAAUUUUUUACAAUAUAAUGGUGUGCCCGAAUCUGAAAUUUCAAGAAUUGUUCAACAUGAGCAAGUAAAUGUAACUUUUUUAAAAAAUGUCAUUGCUACUGAAUUAAAACCACAAGACUCAACUCCAUCUGCUCAAAUUGUACAAGAUCAAGAAUCUAAAAUUAUAGGAAUGCAACCAUUUAAUCCUGAAAAUUUAAUAAUACAACAACAAGACUUAUCAUCAAUGAAUCAUGAUCAUGGACCAACACCAUACGAAAGAGGUUUUGCCAAAGGUUCACAAAAUUCAGCACAAUUAAAAAGUCAAUUAAAUAAUGUACUCAAAAAAUUAUUUGAAAAGCUACCUAAUAACGAAUCACCAGUUCAAAAUUAUCCUAAAGCUAAAGUUGAUGAUUAUUCAAAUACAGUUAAUGAAAAAUUAGACUUGGAGCCCAUUUUAAAAUUUCUACAAUCAAAAUCUGAUGCUUUAAAUGAUUUAAUUGUUCAAACGUCAAGUAAAUCUGCAAUGUAUCACAAUUUCAGUGAUGUAUGGAAUAAUGUUGUUUCCUUAUUAACUAAACAAGAAGAGAAAUUGAAAAUGGUGCUUGAAGAUUCUGUUGUAGGUAAAGUUAAUCAAGAAGUUGUGAAUGUUUUAAAUCUUACUUUAAAUCAUUUAGAAAUAUUCUUAACCCAAAUACAAGAUUUUAAAAACAUCAACAAAGAAGAAACGCUUCAAAAAGAGCAAUUAAUAACACUAGUUCAUAAUGAUAUUGACGCAGUUAAACAAGGGCUCAAUUUAAUCUCUUCUCAAUCUACGUCAUCUGGUGUUAAUGAUAAAUUUGGGUUUAAAAAAAGCUUUUCUAACAUUCCAACUUUUUCAGAACCAACUAGUCAAAUUCAAAAGAUUAAUUCAAAUGAUGUAGCAAAUAAAAAAAUUAAAUAA